AUGUUGCACAAAUCACGCUUCGGCGAUGAUCCGUUCUCUUCUCCUCUUCCUGAGACUCCUCCAAGCACGGCCGUCAAGUGGGCCAACAGAGCCGCGCGACCUUCACGCUUCUCUGGCUUACGUCUCACUCGGCUUAGAAUCGGCAUUCUGCUUCUUCUCACUGGCAGCUUCGUCCUGAUUCAUGACUGGAUUCCCAAACUGGCAACUUCAAGGCCUCUGCACAUUAUCGACAUCGGCAACACGACAAUUGUUUCCCAAGCUGCCUUCCAACCUCCCGAGCCAGGAGCAUACCGAGUUCCAGACACCAUAGAUACGUUCCAAUCCUACAAGUUCCACAAUGCAUGCAAUGUCUCCUCUCUCGACCUGCAUGCGCCUUUCAGUCCUCUGUGCCUGGAUCGCGCCUCAAUGCUCACUGCAAUGUCAUCCGGCGGCCGAAUUGGGCACGAUGCUCCGUAUAUGCCUCGCGGCUGUGAUAUGCGCUGGUUCACAUCAGAAGAAGUCUGUGAAAUACUUGGACGAUUCGACAAGGUGGUCCUGGUUGGAGACUCCAUGCUGAGACACAUGAUUGGGAGCAUUAACAUCCUGAUUCGCAAAGAUCUUGGUUACGGUGCCGUUACAGAUUGGAACUUUUCGCUGCAGGAGAGGAAGGAAUGCUUCUGCAACGAGCAGUUCGAUGCCAAGUCAUGCUCUGUACAAGGAAUCUACAAGACCGCUGAUGUUCUCGCGCACGACCCCGGUAGCGUCUCUUGUGCGAGUCCUAUCAAUGUCAUUAGUGAGGCCUGCCCCGGACCCCUACUUCUCUUGCUGACUCCUGCUACUGUGGAACAAAUUGUUCGAUUCCCGAUUCCGCAGGAGGAACUCGACCGAUUGAGGAUCAGUGUCGCUAGCAGCAGUGACAAGGUUGAGGCUAUUGUUUUUGGCCAUGGCCUGUGGAGCAACCUUGAUUUGAUGAAGUCCCUCGAUUGGUUUGACGCCGUUUUACAGGCGAUCAAAAACAGCAACACAAAGCACUGGCAUGGAUUGUUCGUCACUCCGAAUGCUGCUGGAAAGGAGAAGCCGGAUGACUGGAUUGUGACGCAAGGGAACAAAGCACUGAUGCUGUUCGAGGAAGCGGUGGGUAUCGAGGCCAGAAGGAGAGGAGUCGAACACCUUGGGACUUGGAACAUGAGCAUCCAGAGCAACAAAUAUGAUGGUGUACAUCUGGACAUGAGGGGCAACCUGGUGAAGGCGAUGAUGGUUAUGAAUUGGCUCAAUUUGAUCGAGCACUGA